ACGUAUAAGAUAACUACUACUCGUUAUAUCAAGAUUUUAAAAUAGCUCUCUAAUAAUAAUUCCUAACCUUUAAUUACAUAAGAGGCAGAGGCACCACAAAUAAGUUACUUUUAGCCCAAAUCCAGUUCCAAAUUGGUGAAAAUGGCCGUAAGUUUUGUUCAAAAGCGUUUUAUGUCAUCUGGCCUUAAAAGGUUCGCCUACAACCUAUCAGGAUUUAACAAAUAUGGACUGUGGAGAGACGACCUUUUGUACGAAAAUGCUGACGUUAAAGAAGCCCUAAAGAGAUUGCCUCAAAAUAUUGUGGAUGAACGUAACUACAGGUUGCUCAGGGCUGUUCAGUUGAGCAUCCAAAAGGAUUAUUUGCCAAAAGAUCAAUGGACAAAGCUGGAGGAUGAUAAGCUGUACCUGACUCCGCUCGUAGAGGAUGUUAUUAAGGAAAGGGAAGAGAGAGAAGAAUGGAACAAGAAUUAUUAGGAUUCUUUUUAAGUAGAACAAUUAGUUUUUGUAUUAUUUACUGUAUAUGUGUUAAGCAUCAAAAUAACUUAUUCUGCAAUUAGGUUUGUUAAGUUCAAAAGUGUUAGCAUUUCCUUCUGGAUAAAUAUUGAAGAUCGUACAUAAA